AUGUUGGAUGAAGAGUGGCUGAUAGCCGGCCAGUGUGUAGAGAGCAGUGUAUCCCGAAUGGCAGUGGUUGGUCGAAUCAGAGGAUACGAUGAUGUCGCGCGAGCUAAAAUAGCCUCGGAGCCCUCCCCGUGGUGUAACUCGGAUCCUUCGAGCCGCCGCUAUCCCUCUCACUCUCACUUACUGACAGUCAUCAGAAUGUCGAAGGCCGCCAAGAAGAAGUCGAGCAAGAAGAGAUCCGGAUCUGAGGCCGCCCAGUUCGAUCAGAAAACCAUCAAUGAAUUCAAAGAGGCCUUCGGUAUUAUGGAUCAGAACAAGGACGGUAUCAUCGACAAGAAUGACCUCAAGGAUCUCUACGCCACUAUGGGACAAAUUGCCUCUGACAAGCAGAUUGACGACAUGAUCAAGGAGGCACCUGGACCGAUCAACUUUACCGUCUUCCUUACCCUGUUUGGAGAGCGAUUGACAGGAACUGAUCCCGAGGCGACAAUUAUCGGUGCCUUUGCCAUGUUCGAUAAGAAGGAGACUGGAAAGCUGAAGGAGGAAGAUUUGUUGAAAAUUCUUCAAAACAGGCGAGGAGAACCGCUGGAUGAGGAAGAAAUCAAAGCUAUGGUAAGCCACCAAUUGAGAAUGGCGAAGUCGACUACAAGGCAUUCGCUCAUCUCAUAA